AUGGCCCAAGGAAGGAAGAUGGUCUUCGGACUUCUCAUCGUCGUCGCACUUGCGACCGAGCUCGCUAACGCCAGCCCAAGCGUCAUGCCGAGCAUGUGCUCGGCCUCCGAGGAGGCCAGCAUGCCGUGCGUCUGUUGCAAGAAGGCCUGCUGGUUUGGGAUCGCAGAGAUGACCACCGCCUACUUCGGGCACAUGCCUGGAGAGCGUUCCGAUGCCGAAGCCAAGUUCACGCUCGCCAUGAUGCAUUCAUGCUUCAAGUUGGAGUGUGCGGAUUCCUGCCCAGCCAGCCUCUAA